AACAUUUACAACUCUUAUGCAAAUUUCAUGUCACGUUUCUGUGAACGGGCUCUUCCGCGUGAGACAAACAUAGACGCCAAGCACAUCAAAUUAAUUAUUCUAUCAAACAGACCUCACCGGCAGCCGUCACAGGAAAGAAAACAGAGUGUGGCGCCACAUAUGACCGUAGUUAUGCGGUGGUGCUAAUGGCGACGUACUAUGGUAUAGCAUUUUCUCUUGCCCUCGCUUGUUUAUUUUUUAAUGCUGACGGGGGAAGAGAGUUAGUACCGACGUAUUUUGGAAGAAAGUAUAAAAAUGGCAACUAUAUUGACGCAACUAUCAAAGCAAACUGGUUUAAAAUCACUCUGAGACCGGUUACCUCAAUCCUACAAAAUUCCGAGGCAACGCUGAAUGUUGAACCGCCUUUGGCUAAGAAUGGUCAAUAUGUCAAGGUGACAUGGAAGGGAGUUCAGGGCGCCACAGCAAAGGAUAUGAUUGCUUUGUAUUGCCCUGAGAAGGCAAAAACCAACGACUAUCUUGACUUCUUUAAUGUAGACGAAUCAUCGACCUACAGUCAAGGCUAUGGUGAAUACUCCGUACGAGUAUACAACGUAAGAACGAAUUGUGAGAUGCGGUAUUUUAGGAAUUAUUCCCAAGGCCAUCAAGAACUUGUGGCAACAAGCAAUACAGUGGUUUUUGAAGGAGGUCCCGAGCAACCUUUACAAGUGCACCUCGCUUUAACCGGAAAGCCAAGUGAAAUGGGAGUGAUGUGGGUCUCUGGAACAGACCAGACACCUAUGGUAAAGUUUGGUCGUAGCAAAACAGAACUUGAUUCAGUUGUUGAAGGAAAGUCCCAGACGUACACAGCAGAUGACUUUUGCUCACUUCAAGGAAAGUUUAUCAAUCCAGGCUAUAUCCACGACGUUCUUCUUAGUGCUCUAGAACCAUCUACAAUCUACUAUUAUUCAUGUGGCAUACCAGGGCACAUGAGUCCAGUGAGAUCAUUUAAGACAGCACCACAGAUUGGUCCUGAUGUUGAUUUCAAAUUCAUAGUAUAUGGUGAUCAUGGUAUAUUGCCAGCAGCCGACAGCACUGCCAAAAAUGUCUUGAAAGAUGUUCAGAAUGGCUAUGAGUUUAUCUUCCACAACGGAGACAUCUCCUAUGCCCGAGGAAUGGAGUACAUUUGGGAGCAGUGGCAUGCGUUGAUUGAACCGUAUUCCAGUAUAGCACCAUACAUGGUAGGUAUUGGUAACCACGAGCAGAAUCAUAUUGACAACUCUGGCAAGGAUCCAAGCGGGGUAAAAGGGGAUGGUUGGCAUCCAUGGUGGGGAACGAUGGAUGAUGAUUCACAUGGCGAGUGUGGUGUCCCCAUGUUUUAUCGUUUCCACAUGCCCGACAACGGAAACUAUCUUUGGUGGUACAGCUACGAUUAUGGUAUGGUACACUUCAUCAUGAUAAGCACGGAACACGAUCUAAGUCCAGGAACAAGACAAUACAAGUGGUUAGAAGAGGAUUUGAAAAGCAUUGAUCGUUCCAAAACUCCUUGGGUGAUCCUUGGAGGCCACCGACCAAUGUAUACAAGUGAGAUUGAUCCAAGAAACUUCAUUGUGGCUUUAGCAUUUCAAUUCCUUUUUGAAGACUUGCUGUAUCAUUACAAAGUUGAUGUAGCGUUCUGGGCUCAUUAUCACAGCUACGAACGGACAUGCGCUGUGUAUAAGAAUCAGUGCGUUGACGAUGGUAUCGUGCACAUUGUGAUUGGUACGGCAGGAAAGGAAGCCGAUUGGCCGCCUUAUCUGCCUCCUGAUUGGUCCAAGUUUCGUCGCCAUAUUGAUCCGUAUGGUUACGGUCGUGUCACGCUCGCCAACCGCUCGGCUCUGCAUUUCGAAUACUUCGUGAACAGUGAAAAUAAAGUGGUAGACCAAGUGUGGUUGUACAAGAAUGACUAACGUUGAAAGAAAACGCUGCAAUGGUUGUCGCUGAAAAAAUGAAUGCUCAUGAUUGGUACUUCAACCCAGAUGGUAUAUUUUAAACCGAAAGAUAUAGGAAUAAUAGGAUAAUUUAAUUUUUAUGGAACAUAAUUAAAUUUUUAAUCAAUAUAUUGUAAUUUAACUAAAUAGGAAGUUUCAAUACGAUUGGUCCAAUUUAUU